AUGUCGUAUCUAAAUAAUCCUGCUAUUGUGAUGGAUAACGGUACUGGGCUAACCAAGUUGGGUUUUGCUGGUAAUGAUUCUCCAUCCUGGAUCUUUCCUACGGCUAUUGCCACCUCACAGGGAUCCCAAUCUACAUCUUCUUCUAAGAAGCUGGACACAUCCAUGAAUAUGUCCAACACUAACUACUCUUCUUCAACUACUGCUACUGGUGCUACUAGUACUGGUACUGGUACUAAUAAAAACUCAUAUUAUGCUAAAUCUACUUCUGCUACUGCAUUUGAUAACUUGAGUUCAAAUGUCUUACUAUCAAAUAAUCUGGCUGGGAAAAGAGGCACGGAAGAUUUGGAUUUUUAUAUCGGGAACGAAGCAUUGAUCGCCUCCCAAGGUCCAUCUUACUCUUUAUCUUACCCUAUUAAACAUGGACAAAUUGAGAACUGGGACCAUAUGGAGAGAUUUUGGGAAAAUUCUAUCUUUAAAUAUUUGAGAGUAGAACCAGAAGAUCACUAUUUCCUUUUAACUGAGCCACCUUUGAAUCCACCUGAGAAUAGAGAACAAGUGGCAGAAAUUUUCUUUGAAUCAUUCAACUGUGCAGGUCUCUAUAUUGCAGUACAAGCUGUCUUGGCUCUUGCUGCAUCUUGGACUUCUUCAAAAGUUAUUGACAGAUCAUUAACAGGUACUGUCAUUGAUUCUGGGGAUGGUGUCACCCACGUCAUUCCUGUAGCUGAAGGGUAUGUUAUUGGUUCAGCUAUUAAAAAUAUCCCAAUUGCAGGUAGGGAUAUCACCUUAUUUAUUCAGUCACUUUUGAGGGAACGUGGUGAGCAAGACACCUCAUUGAAGACCGCAGAGCGUAUUAAGCAAGAAUAUUGUUACGUGUGUCCAGAUAUUGUUAAAGAAUUCAAUAAAUUUGAUAGAAAUCCAGAAAAAUUUGCACAAUUUGUAGUAGAAAACAAAGAGAGAACCUCCAAAAAAAUAAUCGAUAUUGGUUACGAAAGAUUUUUGGCACCAGAAAUUUUCUUCAAUCCUGAGAUUGCAUCCUCCGAUUUCUUGACUCCAUUACCAACCUUAGUGGAUCAAACUAUUCAAGCAUGCCCAAUCGAUGUACGUAAAGGUUUAUACAACAACAUCGUACUAUCGGGUGGUUCUACGAUGUUCAAAGAUUUUGGUCGUCGUUUACAAAGAGAUUUAAAAUCUAUAGUAAAUAAUAGAAUUGCACAAAAUGAAAGAUUGACUGGUACUAAAUCUACAGGGGUUGAUGUUUCAGUUAUUUCACAUAGAAAACAAAGAAAUGCAGUCUGGUUUGGUGGUUCGUUACUCGCACAAACCGCGGAAUUUAGAGGCUAUUGUCAUACAAAGCAAGAUUAUGAAGAAUAUGGUCCUGAAAUUGUUAGAAACUUUAGUUUAUUUAACAUGGUAUAA